GCUGCCGAACCUUGCUCCCUAGGCUGGCAUGAUUGACUCCGCUCACUAGCAUCCCGCAACCGCCACCGCAGCCACAGCCACGAAUCACCAUCCCCCCGUACACGCGCUCGUCGCCCUCCGCCCCGCGCCCCUCACACCCGCCACACCCGCCACACCCGCCACGCCCCGCGCAUCACCUCCUUCCACCCCGCCGCCCCGCCAUGGCCGACAUGCCGCUGAUGGGCUCCGCCGUCAAGUCCGCCGGCCGCCGGCACGCCACCCGCGCCUCGUCCUCGUCCGCGCUCCCCCGCCCUCCCGCCAUCGACCCCACCUCGCCAGAGCACCCUGCCGCGCCCCCGUCCUCCUCGUCGUCCUCGUCGUGCUCGUCGUGUUCGUUCCUGGGCAUCACUCUAGCCGUCAGGGCCUCGUCUCUACCCACCACGCCCGCCACUGGCAGCAGCGCGCACGGCGCAGCGCAGGGGUGGACGGUGUGCGGGUGGCGCGUCACGCGGCGCCUGGUGGCGACGCUGGCGCUCUUGUCGCUGGCGUCGAAGCUCUGCGGCUUCUUGCUUCUCACGUACCUCGUCGCCUGGACCCGAUCCUCCCACACCGCCGCCGCUGGACUUGCUUCGGGCACGGCAGGCUCGGUAGUAGCCGCAGGGUCGGAAGGUGGCUCGGGUGCAGGUGCGGGCGAGGUAGCGCGGCUAGCUUCGGAAUUCUCCGUGCCGUCGGCAGCGUCCCUAGAAUCGCGCGAGCAGCUGCCUCUUGACGCGUAUGGCGUGUGCUCACCUCCCUGGCGGGACCGGGUGAGGCGGCACUUCGGCAGAGGGGGAAGGGGGGCGGGCGAGGGGCUGGACGAGGGAAAGAGGAAUGGUGCCAAGGGUGGGGGUGGCGAGAGAGGAGGAGGGGAGCGGUGGGGGGAACCGGGUGGGGCGCAUGGGAGGAGAUUAGGGGCGGAGGGGAGGGGGGAGGAGGCGGAUGAGGAGGGGAGGGGAGUGGAGGCAAUGGUGGGGCGGCUGUGCGACGAGGGCCUGCCCAUGGCUGCUGCACUGUUCGGCGUCAACCACUCCGCAGACGCGUCAGUGCAGCUGGCCUGCGGCGAUGCAUCUUCCUCCUCCUUCCCCUCCUCCUCUCCCUCCUCGUCCCUCCCCCCCGCGCCCCUGGCCUUCCUGUACGUGGCGGCGGUGCCGGAGCAGCUGAGCAAGGCCAGGGCGCACCUGGUGGAGGUGGCAGCGCUGGCGCGCCGCUUCAACCGCACGCUCAUCGUGCCGCGCGUGGGGCACAGCCGCGUCGACUUCCGCCGCCACCUGCCCUUCUGCGCCUACUUUGACGGCGCCAUGCUGCAGCGCUGUGGGGUGCACUGGGUCACCGAGGACUGGUUCAUUGCGUUCGUGAGGAGGGGCAGGCUCGCUGUUCGCCCCACGUACAUCUGCCUCGUUCCAGGCGUGAAUGACACGUGCGCAUCAGCCCUCAACACAUCCUCUGCUGCCUUCCUCUCUGUGCUGGCCAUUGCACAGCACCCCCCCUCGCCCGCCAACUCCCUGGCCCUGCGCUCCGCCUACCACACGCGGCGCGAGCGCUGGGGCGCGCAGAUGGAGCGAGAGGAGGCAGGGCUGCUGGGGGCACUGGAGAGGGCGGGGAAGGGCGGGGUGGAGGGGGGAGGCGCGGAGGGGGAGGGAAGGGCCUUGGAGGAGGGACAGGGUGAGGGAACGGUGGCGGGUGCGCAGGGGAGCGGGAGUGGGGGUGGUGAUAGUGGGGAUGGUAAAAGUAGUGUGGGCAGCGGUGGUGCGGCAGCAGUAGACGUGGUGGUGGUGGGUCAGAGCUCGUGGUUCUUCACUCUGAGGGAAAGCAGCCGAGCCCAGGCUGCUGCGUGCCUUGACUUCUCGCCCGGGCUGCAGCGCGCCGCACAGAGAUUCGCAGAGAGGAUGAGAGCAGCAGGGGGGGCGGAGGAUGGCGGCAGCCGAGAGGGGUUGCUGGAUGUGGCAGGCAGCAGAGCCAGGGAGAGUGGCAGUGAGAGGGCAGCGAGGGGAGAGGGGGCAGCAGAAGGGUCAGGUGCAGCAGGUGUGGGCUCUGCAUGGGCCGUGCAUGGCGAGGGGUCCGAGGCCAGGCAAGGGAGGCUGGCGGAGAGUGUGGGUGAAGAGAGCGCCUGGCGAGAGGGUGGAUUGGUGAGUGCAGGGGGGCGGUACGCGGCGGUGCAUCUGCGGCUGGAGUUCAUCACGUUCAAGGCCAGCAAGGGCUGGCGCCGGGGCACUGCGCCCAUACAAGCUGUGCGCUCGUGGCUCAUGGGGUGCGCUGGCAGCGCUGUGAGCGCCACGAGGCGGCACCUGGAAAGACUCAACUCCACUGCUGUCUUCCUCGCUGCUGACGUCACCCCCUCCUCCCCACCCACCUCAUCCCCCUCAUCUCCCUCCCAACCCCUACCGUCCCAACCCAAUCCCCCCCUUGUGCGACUGCAAAGCGACUCGUGGCCACACGAGGGGGAGGCAGGGGCACAGCUGCUGGCGUAUGUGUCAGAGGCAUACUGGCAUGUGAGAAGGGAGCUGGGCGCCGUGGUGUGGGAGGAGCAAGAGCCAGAGGUGAAGCGGCUGGACAGGGGGAUGCGGGGCGUGCUGGAUAAGCUCGCAUGUGCGGAGGCAGAUGUGUUUGUCAUGGGCGACGAUGCCUGUGGGGGCAUGCAGAACUUUGACCUUGACGUGUGUGCUGCUAGGAAGGCGCUGAAUAAGCCGGAUAGUAGUACAGUACACUUCAGCCGUGGGCGGAUAUGAUAAGUAGAUAACGUUAAAUGGCGUGUUAUGGCACG